AUGAAGCUAUCAAAAAAUGAUCAAAAAGAAACUAACAAUUAGUUAGAAGAAAAAAACGAAAUGUAUAUUGACGGUGCUGACACAAUUGCUAGAAAGGAAGGAUCUCGUUCUUAUUCCAAAAAGAAAUCUACAUUCGCUCCUCAUUAGCAAGGCUUUUCCUUGGACUCUUACCCUGAAAAUAUAGACGAAUUUUAGGUUUUCAAGGAUGACCCCUACUUGAAUGAUUUUAAAGAGCAUUUCAGAGUAAGAAAUGACGCCUUUAGAUAAUAGCUCACUCACAUCCUCCGUGCUGAAAACUCCCUCGAGGACUUUGCUAAAGGUUAUAAGAGAUAUGGAUUCAAUUAAGAAGGAGAUAAUCUCGUUUACAGAGAAUGGGCUCCAAGUGCAAAGGAAAUUUACUUGACAGGAGAUUUCAAUAGCUGGAAUAGAAAGCAAUACCCAUUAUAAAAAGAUGCCUUUGGUAAUUGGGAGAUAUAAAUUCCUUUCAAUUCAUAAGGAAAGCCAAUAAUCCCUCAUGGAUCUCGUAUAAAAGCACAUGUAUUAACUGCUAAUAAUGAAUGGGUAGAUCGUAUUCCAGUGUGGAGCAAACGUGUAAUCCAAGACGAAAAUAGCAAGCUUUUUGAUGGACAAUUUUGGUGGCCUGAGAAAAACUAUUAAUUUUAGCAUCCUCGUCCUCACAAACACCAUGCAUUGAGAAUCUAUGAGACACAUAUCGGUAUGGCUGGAAUUGAACCUCGUGUCCAUACUUUUGCUGAAUUCACUAGGGAUGUUUUACCUCGUAUUAAAGAUCUUGGUUACAACACUAUCCAAAUUAUGGCAGUAGCUGAACAUGCCUACUAUGGAUCCUUUGGAUAUCACGUCACAAAUCUCUUCUCCGUUUCUUCACGUUUUGGAACUCCUGAAGAUUUAAAAAAUUUAGUUGACACUGCUCAUAGCAUGGGUAUUCAUGUUCUUAUGGACAUUGUUCACUCUCAUGCAAGUAAGAAUGUCAAUGAUGGUUUCAAUAAUUGGGACGGAACUGAUUAUCAAUACUUCCACGAAGGAGCUAAAGGAAACCAUGAUUUGUGGGACUCAAAGAUUUACAAUUAUGGCAAAUGGGAAGUGUUAAGAUUACUUUUAAGUAAUUUGGAAUGGUUCAUGACUGAAUACAUGUUUGAUGGUUUCCGUUUUGAUGGUAUUACUUCUAUGUUAUACAAACACCAUGGUAUGGGAGUAGGUUUCAGUGGCGGUUAUCAUGAAUAUUUUAAUCAUGAUGCUGAAAUAGAAACCUUAGUCUACUUAAUGUUGGCUAAUGAACUUGUUCAUGAAAUUUAUCCUGAUGCUAUUACUAUUGCUGAAGAUGUUUCUGGCUAUCCCACACUUUGCAGAAAAGUUAAAGAAGGUGGUGUUGGUUUCGAUUAUAGAUUACAAAUGGCUGUUCCUGAUAAAUGGAUCAAGCUACUUAAAGAAAAGAGAGACGAUGACUGGGAUAUGGAAGAUCUUGUAUGGACUUUAACAAACAGAAGAAGUGACGAAAAAUGUAUUGUUUAUGCUGAAAGUCACGAUUAAGCCUUAGUCGGAGAUAAAACUCUUUCCAUGUGGCUUUUUGAUGCUUAAAUUUAUGAAAAUAUGAGCACUCUUUCUCAUGAAACUCUCACAGUAAAUAGAGGUAUUGCUCUCCAUAAGAUGAUCAGAUUAAUAACAAUUGCCCUUGGAGGAGAAGGUUAUCUUAACUUUAUGGGUAACGAAUUUGGUCACCCAGAAUGGAUUGAUUUCCCCAGAUAAGAUAAUGGCUGGAGCUAUCAUCAUUGUCGUAGAAGAUGGGACUUAGUAGAUGACUAACUUCUCAGAUUCAGAUUCUUUAAUAAUUUCGAUAGAGACAUGAUUCAUCUUGAAAGUCAUUUCAAGUGGUUAAACUCAAGAUACAACUAUGUCAGCACCAAAAAUCAAGGAGAUAAAGUUAUUGUUUUUGAGAGAGAUAAUCUUCUUUUCGUAUUUAACUUCCAUCCUACACAAAGCUUCGAAAAUUAUAAAAUCGGUACCAACAUUGCUGAAGAUCAUUUAAUUAUUAUGGAUACUGAUGAGCCUCAUUACGGUGGUCAUGAUAGAGUUAGAGCUGGACAUGAAAAGCCUUUCCCUUAUAUUUAAGAAAACUUUAAUGGUAGACCCUAUUGCUUAAACGUGUAUAUACCAUCAAGAUGUGCUAUGGUUUUAACAUCUGUAAGCUAAGCACAUAAUUACUGGAACUAAAAAAAGUUACUUAAUGAAGCCAAAAAGCAUCACUGA